AUGUCGAAUCCAAAAAAUAUUUUACGUCAAAAUACUCCUGUAAAGGAUCACCGAACGGCAACUGAAUAUAGGCUUUCAAUUUCCAGCACUCCAGGCUCCCGUCGGACAUCCCUUGGUACCACCAAUAACACAGAAGGUCUAGAAACGGACAAUUCAGUGGUAACGUAUUUUUUGCCUCAGCUAAGGGAGCUUACAGACGCGAUGAUAACUCUCGAUAGUAAUUUCACUCAGAUGAACUUUAUACACGAAAGUUUGGUUGAUCUGAACGAAUCGGUCAGUGCACUGUUGUACGGCCUUAUGUGCAACUCGUGGUGUGUGGAUUUUCCUAAUAUGCCUCACGAUACGCAGGCGGAGAUCGAAUUCAAGCAGACACUACACAGUCUCGAAGAAGAGAAACAGCACCUUUUGUCGCAGAUAGCGCUUCAAGACGAUCAAGAGAGGAACCCCGAAAAUAAGCGGGUCCCUGUAGUAGUACGCCAGCGUCUCGAACCUGUGAGGAGGUCCCCGCCGCGAAACUUGGCGUCUGGUCACGUUCCUGCACUGACACCAGAACCCGACUACAUCAUCAACAACGACGACGACAACACUGAUGCCUCGUUCAUUUCGAACCCAGCAGUUGCUAAUCCGGCCGCGUAUUUGGCAGCUGAAAAGUCACGCAAAAUGCGUCGGAAAUCAAUUCUCCACGUUAUGCGCAGCAGCGCAUCUGGCGCAUACGAUGAGUUUUCUGACCGUGAGAAACGACGGUCUUUAGCCGUCAGUGCAUCUCGUCUUGUUGAUCCUCCACGAAGGACAGCUUCGCGACCCGGGACUGGGCCUACCAAGAAUGUUGCAACGAUCGGAAAUAGCACAAGAGCAAGAAUUUCCAAAGAAUCGUCCAAAAACCCUAAAAGACCUCCAUUUAGGUAA